AAAGUGAUCAACAGGAACACACACAGAAACUCAUCCUCACAAGCAAGAGACCAUUAAGCGACACUCGUCGAAAACCAGGCAGACCAAACAGCGUCAGUUCAGCCAAGACCCAUCAAAAAUGGAAGACAACCACAUCUACCAAUAUUCCCUCCUCAACGCCUUAAUGGACGGCGUCUGCGAGACCGGAAUCCCCGUCUCCAAAUUCCUGACCAAAGGAACUCAAGGUCUCGGAACCUUUGUCCGAAUGCAAGGCGAGCUCUUAUUCCUCGACGGCAAAGUCUACCAAUUACAAGCCGGAGGCAAAACCCGCGAAGCAGACCCCUCCGAUCAAAUUCCCUUUGCAGUCUCCACCAACUUUGUUGCGCAAAGUACGCAGUCGGUAGAUUUUGCAGACAAAAGCGGCAUCGAUCAGGCGUUGGAUGGAUUCAAUGAUCAUGCCAAGAAUCUCUUCAUGACGUAUCGCAUCGAUGGGGCAUUUGACCAUGUCAAGUGUCGAACUGUGGAGGGGCAGGAAUACAAAGGACAGUCGCUGUCGGAACUCGGGAAAAAACAGUCGAUGGAAGAGUACUCGAAAGUGGAGGGGACCAUUAUCGGCUUUCGUACGCCCCUGAAUUGGCAGGGCUUUGGGGUCGCAGGGGAGCAUCUACAUUUCAUCAACAAGGACCGGUCAGCGGGCGGGCAUGUUUUGGAUGUAAGAGGGAAAGGGUUGGAAAUGAAGAUGGCUGUGGCUGCCAAUGUGCAUGUGGAGUUACCGACGUCAGAGGACUUCAAUGCGGCGGAACUGGUCACUGAUGACAAGGGGGUCAAGGAGGUAGAGGGAUAG